AUUGAUUUCAGCUUUGGGCCGCUCCAUGUGAAAGGCUACGUGAACCCCCAGACCUUAGGUCUCACCGUCACGGUCGAUAUUCUAGGCAUCAAUCUUGGGACUCUACGUGGGAAUUUAAAGAACAGUGGGCCGACGAUUAAGGUCAGCCUAUUUGUGGUAAAGGGCGAAGUAAAACUUUACUUGAAGAACACGAAUGAAGUUUGGAUCCGUCUACAUCUAGAGGUGACAUUCGAUGGGACAUUCGACGAGGAUGUUAAGCUUCUU